GAUUUGUCACGGCAAGAGGUCCUGCUCAAUGUCAGCUGAUUCCGCCACCUUCGGCAACCCCUGUCACCACCAGUCCCGCAUGUACCUCAAGGUCGUGUACACCUGUGUUCCUCGCACCGUGCUGCGAGAGCAAUACGAAGAGAGGCCUGAGAAGGACGAGACUCUAGACACGCAGGACACAGACAUAGAUGCGUAUGACGUGGUGGAUGACGCACUCAGGGAGAGUAGUGUGUAUUCUGCUUCUCCUGUAGGAGGCGCCGACAGACCCGGGGGCGCCAACACGUCUGUGUCCGCGGCGCCCUCUGAGGCGCCACCUAGGUACCACACGUCAGACCCCUCACCUAGAGGUCGGUCCCCCUUCCCCCCUUUGGCGACCCCCCGUCCCCCCACGGACCUCCAGGGGGACGGGGACCCCCUGGGCUCGGAGCUAGAGCAAGUUACAAACUCCACCGUCUCCCCAUACGCCAACGAGAAAACGCGAGUGAUUGGCUUCAUUUCUGAAUGGAUUCAUACAUACGAUUUCUUAUCUAAGAACAGAGAGAAGCUGGUGCUGUACCUGUCAGUGUCCAUCAGCGCUGGUCUGCUCUCCCUGCUGGUGCUGGUCAUCACGAGGUUGCUAUGGCAACGACGUCGUCCGCAGAUACCUCAGUCCACUACGUUGCCCAGCUACGUUGAUGAUCUCAGCGAAGUUGACACGGACAUAGACCUGACGUCCACCGCUCCCGCCACCAUCACUAUUCUGUCCAGUCCACUACCACCUGGAGAGGUAGUGAGAUUCGGCAGCGAGUCCAGCGCUCCCCGCAGCCUGAGCAGGAGCGGCAACAACCAGUACUACUACGGCUGACCCUUGCCUCCAGUGGAGCCGUACCCUGGGCCCCUGGACAGCGAGGGUGUCUACCCUGACAGUUCCAGGAGCUACUGCUUCUAGCAGGAGACCGUGGUGUGACGCCACGGUCAACAGACUACAAGUGAGAUGUGAGACUGUGACAACACAACCCAGAGCGGAACAGGUUGUCACUACA